AUGACCUCUGGGGAGCAGCCAACGCAUACAUUCAUCUACGUUCCACCUGACACUGAUUUUCCAAAUGAAGCUCAACUAAAAGAUAAGUUCGAGAAAGGUUCCAUCAAGGAAAAGAAUGAAGCUUUGGAGAAACUUAUUCUGAUGAUGCAGAAUGGAGAGAAGAUCGCCCAAGACAUGCUUAUGUAUGUCAUUCGAUUCUGCUUACCAUCCAAUGAUCACAAACUCAAGAAGAAUCUUCUCAUUUUCUGGGAAAUUAUUCCAAAGACUAACCCCCAAGGAAAGCUUCUUGACAAAAUGAUUUUGGUGUGCGACGCAUAUCGUAAGGAUUUACAACAUCCAAACGAGUUUGUACGUGGAUCGACUUUGAGAUUCCUUUGCAAACUCAAAGAGCCUGAGUUGUUGGAACCCUUGAUGCCUACUAUCAUCGCUUGCCUUGAACAUCGUCAUUCAUAUGUUCGUAGAAACGCUGUUUGCGCAAUCUUUACCAUCUACCGCAGUUUUGAGUUCCUUAUCCCUGAUGCUCCCGAAUUAGUUUCUACUUUCCUCGCCACGGAACAAGACGCGGCUUGUAAGCGCAAUGCCUUCAUGAUGCUUCUCCACGUCGACCAGUCUAGAGCAUUGUCAUAUCUUUCCGAUUGUAUUGAAAAAGUUACUCAAUUCGGAGAUAUCAUGCAACUCGUUAUCGUUGAACUCAUUUAUAAGGUGUGUCAUGCUAAUCCAUCUGAACGAGCAAGAUUCAUUCGCUGUGUUUAUAACUUGUUGCAAUCCACGUCGGCUGCUGUUCGGUAUGAAGCUGCUGGAACUUUGAUCACUCUUUCUUCUGCCCCUGCUGCUGUCAAGGCUGCUGCUUCUGCUUACAUUGAUCUCAUUGUUAAGGAGAGCGAUAAUAACGUUAAGUUGAUUGUCCUCGAUCGGUUAACCGAGUUGAAGCAAAAUAUCUCCAAUGAAAAGGUUUUACAAGAGUUGGUCAUGGACAUCUUGAGAGUUCUCUCUUCUCCUGGAUUGGAAGUCAGACAGAAGACGCUCAACCUUGCACUUGAUCUAGUCUCAAGCAGAAAUGUCGAAGAUAUGGUUAUGUUCCUCAAGAAAGAGAUUGCCAAAUCAGCAUCUGAGUCUCCCGAAGAAGGAGGAAAGUAUCGUCAAGCUCUUGUUAAAACUCUGCAUUCUGCCACCAUCAAGUUCCCAGAUGUUGCUCAUAACAUCAUCCCAGUUUUGAUGGAGUUCCUGUCAGAUGAUAAUGAAACUGCUUCUACCUAUGUUCUGAUGUUCGUCCGUGAAGCUAUUUACAAGCUCAGACCUCUCAAAGAAUCCAUCCUUACCUCUCUCCAGGGCAUGCUGUUAUCCAUCAGAAAACCAAAAAUAUUCAUGUCAGCUUUGUGGAUUCUCGGUACAUUCUGCGAUACUGAUGCCAGUGUUCUUGCUGUUAUGAGAUUGGUUAAGCAAGCUUUGGGUGAACUACCAAUUGUUGAAAGUGAGCUUAGACAGCUUGAAGGAGAAGGAGAAGAGCAACCAGCUGCUAAGCCUUCUGUUCCUAGCAAACAAUUGGUGACUGCCGAUGGUACAUAUGCCACACAAUCAGCUAUAUCCUCCACGAAGAAGGUCGAAUCGAACAAACCACCCCUUAGGAAGUUCUUGUUAGAUGGCGAUUUCUUCUUAGGAGCCCAACUUGCUACCGUUCUCACUAAAUUGGCUGAGCGAUUCUCCUCGAUCAAAGGUCAAAGCAAAGAGAGAAUUCAUAGAUUCCGAGGAGAAUGCAUGUUCAUUCUCGCCAGUAUCAUUAAUUUGGGAAAGAGUGGCUUGGCUAAGUCAAGCAUCACCGAAGAUGAUCUUGAUCGCAUGGGCUUAACUAUCAAACUCUUGGCACAAGGCUGCUCAGGAGUUGAAGAUGCUUAUUUGGAUAAGUGCAAUGAAAGCUUGGAACUUAUGCUUGCUAACAAGAAUAAGUGUGCCAAGGAAGAAAGUGAGAAGAGAAAGGACAAACGGGUUGUCGAGGUUGAUAAGACUAUCAACUUCACACAACUUAGUGCUCGCGCCGAUGCAAGUGCUGGAGAGAAUCUUUUCGAUCUCUCUCUGUCUCAAGCUUUAGGAACAGCACCAAAGUCACAGAAGUUUGAUUUCUCCAGCUCUAAGCUUGGAAAGGUUAUUCAAUUGGCUGGAUUCUCUGAUCCAAUCUAUGCUGAAGCAUACGUGAAUGUCAAUCAAUAUGACAUAGUUUUGGAUGUCUUGAUCGUCAACCAAACCGCUGAUACUCUGCAAAAUGUAUCGUUGGAACUCUCAACAGUUGGUGACCUCAAGUUGGUUGAUAAGCCUACUCCCAUUACCUUGGCUCCCGCAGAUUUUGCUAACAUCAAGGCUACCGUAAAAGUAGCAUCCACCGAAAAUGGGGUUAUUUUCUCCACCAUCUCCUAUGAUGUUCGCGGAUCUACGUCUGAUCGCAACUGCGUUUAUCUUCAAGAUAUCAAAAUCGAUAUUAUGGACUACAUUGUGCCUGGCAGCAUCAAUGAUCAAGAGUUCCGACAAAUGUGGUUCGAUUUCGAAUGGGAGAACAAAGUUACUGUGAAUACUCCUCUUACUGAUCUGAAAGAAUUCAUUCAACAUUUAUCUUCCGUAACUAACAUGAGAGUAUUAACAGGAGAUGAGGCGAUAGAAGGAGAUUGUGGCUUCUUGGCUGCUAACAUGUGUGCCCACUCUAUCUUCGGAGAAGAUGCUUUAGCAAACGUGUCUAUUGAAAAAACUCUUCCUAUGGACGAUAGUUCUCCUAUCAUAGGCCAUAUUAGAAUUCGUGCUAAGAGUCAAGGAAUGGCUUUGACUCUUGGAGAUAAGAUCAAUGCUGCCCAAAGAGAAAGGAAAAAGACCGCCCAGCAGGCUCCAUUAGUUGCCGCCACCGCCUAA